UAUUGAAAACGAAACCGAGGCAAAGAAAUACCAAUGGUAUUUCAAAGAAUCGAUGGGUUUUUUUACGAAUCCAUCCACUAUAUAACAGGCUCACUAGAUCGGUUUUUUAGACACGGGCAGGUUUCAGAAAGUAACACAUGCUUGCAGUGCACAGGACAUGAACAUACAUGUUCACAGCGUUGAUUUGAACUUCACUCGUUGAUUUCAGCGUUAGCGUUCUCAGUAUUAAAAACGUAAUAUCCUUGAGGAAUUUAUUGGACUAGAUCAUCAGGUUGUAUAGCUGUAUCGUCCUGUCCACCUGGUGGAGACUGACUGUGCUUCAGUGCCCUGGGAACCGGUCACGUGGAUCACAGACUUCUAGGUGGGCAAUACACGUACUGGGUACAAAGGGGGAAGCACAAACAUUUUGGAUGAAUAACGAUGAGGACCUAUUAACCAACUACAGAGUUAAGAAACCUCAUCGGCAACACACCUCGCAUCAAACAGGCGAAACCGAAGCAUGGCACAGGCGCCGUCUUCAGACCAAGGCCAAUGUGAGCCAUCAGGGUGUUGUUUCCUUGAUUCCUGGUGCUCUGCCAAUGGUAUCAAAGAGAAGACAAAAGUGGCAUUAAAAGACCAAGAUUUUGACACCCCAGAAUCGCUAGUACUUAUGGAAGAAGCAGAUAUAGAGCUCCUUGCUGUCACGCUGGGUCAGCGACGUGUGUUGUCCAAAGCAUUGGCUGAGUUAAAGAUGAGGCAUGAGACGGUGGGCCUUGAUGCGGCACAAAUGGUUAUCAACUAUGAGGGGCGACCUUUAACCUCCAACAACCACGAAAACACACCCGAAGAAAUUUCUUUGAUGUCUAACUUUUCGGAAGAAGCUCUUGAAAAGUCUGAGCAAAGUUUGACCGAAAAGCAGAUGGUGACUCCAUUUUUCACAGAAAAUAAUGAAUCAAGCACUGAUAAAGUGCCCUUAGAUAGUCAGGACAUGCGUGCAUCCACACCAUCAACAGUUACAUUAGCGCCUGAUGCAGAUAAUACUGGAAACCUUCGGGUUAGUCCGCACAGUGAAGAGUUUGAAGUUAUUUACUCACGGGAAAGUGAGGAGAAGGCAGAAGGCAAUAAAGAAAUAUGUUUUUUGUCUGACCAAUUUUCUGACAAGAAUGAUAAAAAGAACGAUAUUGUACCCCAGCCAGGUGCACCAAACUCGUUUGAAGCCCCUAAAUCCCCCGAAGCUUCUUACCCACUUCAAACCAGCGAUUUGCAUGAGGUUUGCAGUUUGCUUCAGCAAAAGCGUCGGAGCUGUGACCCUGAGGAAGAUGCAAAACCGGAGGCAGGAGCUGCUGGAGAAGCUGAAACUGAUCCUAAACAGGACGGGUUUUCAAAUACACCUGGUGGUAUCAUCCCAGAUAUUGAGAGCCAACAGACAACCAAUGAAGCAUCGAUAGCCUUCUUAGAAAAUUCAGAAGAGGAUUGUGUCACGGAGGUACCGGAUUUGGUUAGGUCUAGUUCCACUGAAAUCGCUGGUCCUGAUGAAGUUGGUAAUUUAAGUGGUAAUGUUACUCAACAAACACUAGUUACUGAAGAUAAUCUUGGUCGGUCUGAGCCAGUAAACGAAACACUAAUCAGUACCAAUGUAGAAAAUAGCGUUUUGGUCGGCAAGCAAAUCACCCAAGAUUUUGCCUGUAAUGCUGAUAUACGGAUCUCCCCUGAGCCAAAUACGAUUCCCAGUCCUCCAACUUUAGCAAGCGCUGCUGUCCAAAGUUCAGAUUUUGGUGGUGAUAUCAAUAUUGAGAACACACCAGAUGUUAAUGCCGCCGACAAACCUCGAACUGAAAGCAGUUCAAGUGCAACCAACGUACUGUUUACACCUCAAGACAUUUUUUUGAACCUUGAACCUUUUUUGAGGGUCCAGCGUUUUAGACCCUCCCGACCAAACAGGCCCACUGUCCAUCGCCAAGAGGUCAGACGAGAGGGUCAACAAAGGACCAACACUGAUCAACCUCUCAGGGAUCUGUCGACAGGAGAAUGUCUUAUCACCAUCCAUAACUUCUCAGAUAACGAGACGAGAGAUGUUAUUGGAAAAGCUCUCCCAGGAUACGCAGUGAACGAAGUUGCACAGAAAGCCGACUUGGGGUUAUUGAAAACAAGAAAGGCAAGAUCAGUGCAAAUGAAGUUGAACUCACAGCAUCAGCAUGAAAAGUAUCUUGAAGUGCAAUGGUGCCAAGGUCUGAAGGAGUUUAUGGUGCCCCUGUGGCUGGAAAGGAAAAAGAAGAAGAGUAAAAAAGGGUGGAUAGAACCAAAGCAUGUAAUUAAUGGCACGACAGUUAGAUUUGGAGCUUUCAAAUCCCACAACUGCUUUGUUGAUCAUUGCGCAGAAUCUCAAAUAAGGGUAACAUUUGAUCACAAAGAAAAAAACCUGCAGAUAACAAAAAAAUUGAAGUCAUGUUCAGACGAUGAAUUCGGUUUUUCGGAAUCAUACCAAGAGAUUUGUUGCAGUUUUCGGUACAGCAGCCUUGAAAAUUAUGCCAUCGUGGAUGCAACACCAACAGAAGAGGGCUCAGAUAUUUACCUUUUCAUGAAGUCCAAACCCACCAUACAAUUCGAAGUUGAAGUCAUGAAUUAUACUCAAUCGGUGAGGUUAGUGGAUUUUGCGUCAUGCAAAGCACAGGAUUUGGGGGCCUCCUCUGCUCUUUGUGUAAGGUACAACAUGAACGACGGCAAUACAGAUGGCAUACUGCGGAGACUUGAGAACUGCGGAUUCACAAUAUAUUUCACGCCCGUAAAACGUGGCAAGACUCGCACACUCCCAUUGCCGCUUUUGAACUUUCCAUCAUUUGAAGUGGCAUACGCGUAUAACUGCCUUCUUUCACGAGGCUACACUGUGGCCGAUCGAAUAGACGACAUUUUCUUGGGAAGAUUGUCAAGUGUUCUUGACCAGCCCAACUUGGCAAUGGUGCUGUACCAUUUGACGGACAUAGUUGACGAGGAAAGGUUCGAGACUUUGGAUGCUCUUCUGGUUCGUGAACUGCAGCCAGGAGUGGCCGGUGAUAGCCAGAGUAAUCUACCUGACCAGUAUGUUUUAAUUCCUCGCGCUCUCGCUUUACCAACUCACCUCUAUUUUCUUCAACCAGAGCCCGUGUCACUGAACCGAGUCGUUCGGAAAUACGGCCAUGAACGGUUCCUAAGACUGAUCAUCCGUGAUGAAGAUUUUGAGAAACUGAUUCAAAUGGAAAAAGGCGGACUGGACGUCGUGCUGGAUGCGGUCAUGAAGAACUAUCUAGUAGAAGGUUUGGAAGUUGCUGGCCGACAUUACAAAUUUCUUGCUUGCUCCAACAGUCAGUUACGGGAACAUGGCAUAUGGAUGUUCGCCCCGGAUGAUGUGAAUACCGUGGAGAGCAUAAGAGAAUGGAUGGGAGAUUUUAAAAGAGAAAGAUGCGUUGCCUCCUAUAUAUCUCGCAUGGGACAGUGCUUCUCUUCAUCCAAAGACAGUAAAGUGAAAUUAACAGUGGAGGAAGGGACUGUUUCAGAUUUACUGGGUCUCCAUCUGAAUCGGCAAGUUAUAACAUUGAUGUCUGGUUUGGGUGUACCUGACGAGGUAUUUCUCUCGCUCCAAGAAAAGAUGCUCUACGAAUUGGCAGACAUAAUGUUGAAAGAGGCCGACGCUUUGAAUGCACUUAUCUCGACAAGCAGUGGUAUCCGGUUCAAUCAGCUGCAUGGUAGUGGAAUCAUGCUGACGUCAGAGCCCUUCAUGAGAAGCAUGCUAAGUGCUGUGUAUACCAGCCAGCUUGGCGAGCUAGUUCGACGAGCCAGGAUCAAAGUACCCUCUGACAAGGGGAGAACCAUGAUCGGCGUUGUGGACGAGUAUGAAAUACUGAAAGCAGGUGAAGUGUUUGUGCAAUACUCACAAGAUGUCACUGAGCCUGGGGAAGAGAAAUGCGUUCUUCGAGGGGACGUGGUUAUCACAAAGAACCCGUGUUUCCACCCUGGAGACAUGCGAAAAUUCAGAGCAGUUGAUGACCCACAGCUUCAUCACUUGCUGGACUGUGUAGUGUUUUCCUCGAAGGGGCGUAGACCAGCGCCAAACAUGAUGUCAGGAUCAGACCUGGAUGGAGACUUAUACUUUGUUUGCUGGUACAUGGAUUUAAUUCCCAAAGGGGAAAACGUAGAGCCCAUGGAAUUUCCCAGUGUUGAAAAACAUAAACUCGACCAUGAUGUGACGGAUAGUGAUAUGAUCGUAUUCAUAUCAGACUACAUUAAGAACGAUCAGUUGGGUAUUAUCGCAAAUGCUCAUCUUGCACAGGCAGAUCAAGAACCAAAAGGCAUAUUUUCUGAUGUCUGCAAAAAAUUAGCUUCUCUUCAUUCGGAUGCAGUGGAUUUUCCUAAGACAGGAAAGUCAGUGGAUAUGACUCGUGAAUUAAGGCCCAAAAAAUAUCCAGACUUUAUGAUGAACGAGAGAAAGCUGACAUACUGGUCUGAGAAAGUUUUGGGGAAGUUGUACAGGGAGUGUAGAGGGGUGGAGCAGCUGGAUUCUAAAUCAGAAACUUCAAAAUCAGCACAGAUAAAUUGUGACAAUGAUAUAUUGGUUGACGGGUAUGAUGAGUAUUUAGAGCAUGCAAAGGAGGAACGAGACACAUAUAAUGACAGAGUGCGGUCGCUUAUGGCUAUAUUCGGGAUAAAAAAAGAAGCGCAAGUAGUGUCAGGAUGCAUCACCCAAUUAAAAAAAACAAGUGGGUUUCUCAAAAGUGAAAGAUUUGAAGUUGCCAACAUAAUACGCGACAGAAUGCGGCUAAUACGACACGAGACGAGAAAUGAUUUCUUUGCGGAGUUUGGAGGAGAAAAGGAAGCCUUAGGAAAAGGUGAAAUGCGGGAUCUACUCUGCAAGAAAGCUGCCGCCUGUUACUUUGCUACAUAUGAACUGCAGGAUGCAUCUGACAGUGAGACCCUCCUCAGCUUUCCCUGGAUGUUUGAUGAUCUUUUGAGCCAAAUAAAGAAGAAAGCAGUGCAGGGAAGUGCAUCAACACAAAUCUCAAUCCGUUCUCUGCCAGAUAAAGCGCAAAGCCCCCUAAUGAAAGUUGCACAAAGUAUUGAAGAUUACUUCGCCAAGCUUUCCCCUGUCUUACAUCUACAAAUUACACAGGACAGGAGAAUAGAAAAAAUGAUCUUGAAGUCGAUAUACACGGCAGAUUACAGAUCGCGCCAUGGAGGUCCUAUAACAAUAGGCUCAAAGGCAACAUGCCUCUUCACAGACACCUCCAGCAUGGAUUUCUUCAUCCCCAAUUUUCAAGGACCCCUGCCGCAAUUAGUCAGAAACCUGUGUGGUCAGAUAACAAGAUCAAGGCCUGAUACCUCCAUGCCCAGUUUGGUAUCUUUGAGAGUGCCUUCUGGUGAAAAGGAGGUAAAAGUCAACUUCACAUCGAAUCCUAAUGCUUUGCUUAGAGUCGCUUACUUCCACUGUAUGCUGCAAGAGAAUAUUUGGCUGUUACCUAUCCUGAGAGUACUUUUGGGUUGGUUGAUCACGAACAAUGUGGUUGAUACCAGUGGGAAAAUUCUUCAGGCCAAGGAAGCAAUGCUGCUACUCUUUCUCUAUUUUGUGCAGGAUGAAGAGAAAGUAGUUGUUCGGCCUACCGAAGAAGACAUUCGUGCCCUCCAGAAAAUGUUUCGUUCUGAGAGAGCAGUCGAUCCAAAGGAUUUGUUGGAUUAUGUGGCAAAUAAUUAUACAGCAGAGGAAAAGAUAGCAGAACUCCUACUGAAAUUCUUUAAGCACUUUGGUAGCGAUAGUGGGGUGAAGUUACUCAACGAAGUUACUGACCCUUCUAUGAUAUGCUCACGCAGACCACGAAAGCUGUUAGGGAAUUUCAAUGGGCACGUCAAGGAGAGGAUAAGAGACAAAAUGCUUCAAGCAUAUCACAUUGUGGCCAGAAAUGCUUCCAUCGGAGGUUUGGUUGAUAUGUCCCAUGUUGAUGAAGAGAAGCGCUUGGAUUAUUGUUUAACUGCUGAAUCGUCCCGAUUACUUCUGACAGGUGAAGACUACUUCUCCAUUCAAAUAUCAGAUUCCACUGGGGCACGUGCACUUGUCCACAAAAAGUCAAAAAAGAAAGGAAGUCAAAUUACCGUGGAGGCAUACGGCAACUCAGAAAGUUGCUUUGCGCUACAAAAUGCUCUGAUCGACUUGGAAAGGCAAGCUAGUCACCGCAUUGAGUUUACGUCAUCAAUGAAAAACUGGAGUGUCCAGGAUUCGCAUCAGCUGCUUCUGGAAGGUGACAAUGACGUGAAAAAUAUUAUCGCAUUCGAAAAUUUCAAAGGAUUUACGGAAUUUGAAGAAAUUCCCAAGGAGAUAAAAGUGCCCAAGCUGGUUGAAUACGUAGCUGAUGGCAACACAUUAGAUAACCAAUUGAAGUUAUGGGACAACGUGGUGGACACACAGGUUGAUCUUAUAAAACGAAUACAUAACCCUUUUUGCCAUGGGAUAGUUCACUUCUCAGUUGACGUUGGCCACAUCUACGUCACAGACGUUCCCACCAAAGUCAAGAGGAUCUAUGAUCUUCAGUGGUAUUUGAAAAACCUGUCUGGUGAAACAGGCAAAAAACACUCGUGUUUUACACCGUUAGUUCAAACAGAACUUGCAUUAGCUGUCGAGCGUAAACUUAGAGACACCGGCUUCACUGCUGCUGAUCCCAUGGCAGAAUCCUAUGAAGUUACAUUUGCAACGAAAGACGCCAACCACAAAAUCUUUUUAGAUACAAACCUUGCUGUAAUCAAUGUAGAAUUACCAGAUAUAUUGUGGCUGGUUACGGACUUAAAACGACUUAACACCGACGAUGAUCCCACCCUGAACAAGCCUGACCUUCGCUUCCAAAUUGCCUCAAAGCGAACGCUAAACGCAGAGGAAUGUCAGUACAUAUCCGAUUUAAAGGACAUUAUACGGAGAGAUUUCAAACCACUAAUCAGACGCCAGAAUGACACAGAGGACACUGACAAUAUCUCAACAUUAGAUGUUAGUGACAGCAUUCGGGACCGACUUGUUGAUGUAGUGGAGUCGCAAGAGAAAACUUACAGAUACACCCCUACCCAGUCACAUAAUGCAGGAAACCAGCCUCUGAUUCGGGAUAUGAAUGUAGCCCUGUUGUCAUCAAUCAGUGUUGAGAUCCGAAAACAACGAGUGUUUGCUAAACCCGAAAACGGACGCUCCUCACUGGAAAUUUGGAUCCCCAAAGCAUAUCGGAUAACCGUCAACUGCAGUGCUGAUGCCCUGAUUGAUGGUGAAGAGGGACUUACUAAGGAAGAUGUCAGGAAAGACAUUUGGAGGUUCUGCCUCAGUUUGGCAGAUCCAAACUAG